GGCAGCAGCAGCAGCAGCUGCGGCAGUGGCGGGAUCGCGGCUGCGGCCCCUGUUGUCCUGGCCCCUGGUGUCCCGGCCCCCGGAGACGCCAUGCCCCACACAGUCACUCUCCAGGGUCCCUCACCCUGGGGCUUCCGCUUGGUGGGCGGCAAGGACUUUAGUACCGCUCUCACCAUCUCCCGGAUUAACCCUGGCAGUAAGGCAGCCCUGGCCAACCUAUGCCCAGGAGAUGUGAUCCAGGCCAUUAAUGGGGAGAAUGCAGAUAGCAUGACUCACCUGGAAGCCCAGAACAAGAUCAAAGCAUGCCUGGACCACUUGACGCUCUCUGUGAACAGAACUGAAGGGAAGGCCUGGUCAUCUAGCAGUCCCGAUGAUGGCAAAGCACAAGCCUACCGAAUCAACAUAGACUCGGAACCACAGGACAAUGGACUCACUCACAGCAGAAGAUCUUCAGCCUCAGGAGGGAGCCUGGCUGACAGCAAGACUAGCCUGGGCCACCAGUAUGGGACCCCAUCCCGCCUCUAUUCCCACAACAGCGAGGCCAGUUUGCAGGCACAGAUGAGCAACCUCCAUGUGUCUCCACCCCACAGCAUUGCUGACUCUAUAAGAUCCCUCCCAAGGAGCAGGAAUGGAAUUGAUGUGGAAUCGGAUGUAUAUAAAAUGCUUCAGGAAUAUGGAGAACCUGCCUCAGAGCCCAAGCAGUCUGGCUCCUUCAGAUACCUACAGGGCAUGUUAGAAGCUGGAGAGAAUGGUGAGAAACUAGAUCGGACAGGUGGCCCCAGAAGCCUCAAAUCUUCUGUAUCUAAACUGGGUGGCCCUAUGGGUAGCCUACAGCUGCUCCCUGAGUGCACCAGAUGUGGGAAUGGGAUUGUGGGCACAAUUGUGAAGGCACGGGACAAACUCUAUCACCCCGAGUGCUUCAUGUGCAGUGACUGUGGCCUUAAUCUCAAGCAGCGAGGGUACUUCUUCAUUGAAGAGUGUCUGUAUUGUGAAACCCAUGCCAAGGCACGGGUGAAGCCCCCAGAGGGCUACGACGUUGUAGCCGUCUACCCCAAUGCCAAAGUCGAACUUGUCUGAGAACAGCCCAGCCAUCCCCAGAUCUAGGGGCAUUGACAGGGAAGCUUGCCCUAGCCAUGCACACAUACACACUACAUCCUUUGUAACACAGCUCGAAUCUUGUAGAUGACACUUUCACAGAAAAACACCUUUUCUCUCAGAAGGAAAGGUAUGGUUUUGCCCCAUGAAAGAGCUGUUUCCUGCUCAUCACAAUGCUCCCUGGCUAUAUUGUAAUUUUUGCUUUUGUUAACAUUUCUGCCCUGGCCUCAUCCAAACUCUCUGUAAAUAUAGGAAGCCUUUUCUACCUUGUCACCAAUAAAACCAGCGAUCUGUA